GUAAAGAGAGAGAGAGAGGGAGCAGAAUUGAGGGUCUUCAUUUUAUCCAGACAGUGUCUAACGCGUGGUUAGUGUGCGGAGCACAACAGUCCGUUGUCUAGGGCAUGACGGCGACUAGCCAUGCAUAAACAGACAGGGCAGACAGACAACAGGAAAUAAUGGGCUCCAGCUAUACCUCAUAAACAACCGGCUUGUUGUUCUGUUCAUGUUUUAUCCAGCCAGUCGCUGUCUGAGUUGACCGAGUAUCGACCGUUCGCAUCUCGUCUCAGUCUUCUUUCCAUAUUUUCUCUUCAUCUCUCCUCUCUUCUUCUUCACCAUGGGAUGUUCUUCGUCCAGCACACUGACUGUCGAUGAGGAGAAGAGACCGGGGACAAAACCCGAGGAGUCCAACGGAGACACAUUUGUUGUCAGGAAUGGUCACAUCUCGGAGGACACGGAGACCAUCGCUGACCAGAUGCAGCUACCUGUCCAGAGUGCCCUGACUGAUGACUCUGAGGAACCCGUCAUCAUGGCCUCAGAGGCCCUGGAGACCAUGGGGUCUGGAUGGGAGGAGGACCAGGUCCUGGAGAUGCUGGCUGCAGCCGAGCCAGAGGUUUCCCCUGAAGCCCCUGUUGAGGCUGCAGCCGUAGAUUCAGAGGUCCCUUCAGAGGCUGUAGUCUUAGUAGAGGCUGUGGUCUUAGUAGAGGCUGUGGUCCCAGUGGAGGUGGCGGCCCCUGUUGAGGCUGUCGUGGUUGAGACCACUCCUGUGGCAGAGACUCCUGCUGAGACAGUGGUGUCUGAGGAGGCCCCUGUUGUUGAAACUGGAGCUGCAGUGGAGGUGGCUACCCUGGUCGAGGCAGCUGCACCUGUGGAAGCUGCUGCCCCAGUCGAGGUGGCUGAAACUGUCUCAGAGGCAGCUCCAGCCCCGACAGAGGAGACCCCAGCUCCAGCCCCGACAGAGGAGACCCCAGCUCCAGCCCCGACAGAGGAGACCCCAGCUCCAGCCCCGACAGAGGAGACCCCAGCUCCAGCCCCGACAGAGGAGACCCCAGCUCCAGCCCCGACAGAGGAGACCCCAGCCCCGACAGAGGAGAUCCCAGCUCCAGCCCUGACAGCGGAGACCCCAGCUCCAGCAGCGGUGACCCCAGCUCCAGCCCCAAAAGAGGAGACCAAAGAUGCUCCAGCCCCUGUGGCCGCUGUCCCUGAGCCAGUAACCCCUGCUGCUGAGCCUGUGGCUGCUGUCCCAGAGGGGGCCCCCGCUGUGGAGACCCCUGCACCCAGUGGCCCCAUAACUGACGUUGUUGCUGCUGAGCCUGCAGCAGAGCCAAUAACCACCCCUGUGGCUGUGGAGGCCCCUGUAGCAGCCGUUGCCAAUGAGCCUGUGGAGGCCCCAGGACCAGUGGAGGCCCCAGGACCAGUGGAGGCCCCAGGACCAGUGGAGGCCCCAGGUGAGGUGACGGCUCCAGCCCCAGAGCCUGCAGUAGAGACUCCUACCCCUGCUCCCGAAGCCGCCCCAGGGCUAACACCAGCCGCCCCUGCUCCCUCAGACGCCCCUACCCUUGCCCCAGAGCUAACAACAGCCGCCCCUGAUCCCUCAGACGCCCCUACACCUACCCCAGAGCUAACACCAGCCACCCCUGCUCCUGUGGCCCCGCCUACUCCUGCCCCAGAGCUAACACCAGCCACCCCUGCUCCUGUGGCCCCGCCUACUCCUGCCCCAGAGCUAACACCAGCCACCCCUGCUCCUGUGGCCCCGCCUACUCCUGCCCCAGAGCUAACACCAGCCACCCCUGCUCCUGUGGCCCCGCCUACUCCUGCUAUCUCAAUCCCAGAGAUUGAUGGUGUUCCGGUGGUUGUGUCGGAGGUGGCACAGGAAGCAGCGGCCUUGGUGUUGGCUGGAGUGGCACAGGAAGCAGAGAAAGACAAGAAACAGAACUAAGAAGAGAGGUCAAACUGAGGAGGCCGCUGUGGCCUGGGAAACACAACCUUCUUGGAUAAAACCUCUGUUUUUACAUUCAGAGACGAUUUGUAGAUAAGAUGCACAACCCAAAGACCAGGAAGU